AUGCCUUCAUCAUCAACUUCAAAACCUGAUUUUGUCCCAAUAGAAUCAAUUAUUGCAUUUAUCUUUAUUGGUGUAAUGAUUCUUGUUGGUCUUAUUGCACGAUGUCUUGCAUUAAAUCAUUCGACUGUUCGUAGUACACAAAAUCUCGAUUUAAUGAUAUAUAGGCCAGCACCAAAACCUGUUCCGGUACAAAAAGCUAGACGUCCAUCAAUAGAAGACAAAUAUCAUUCAAAUGAAGAUAGUCGAGAUCAAAUAACAUCAUCUGAAGAUUCAGUAACACCAUCUCGAAUUCAACGAGGACCAAAAAAUCUUUGA